AUGACGGGAAGAAGAGCCUCUUCUCGCCAGAGAAUUAACCAGGAACCAGAGACACCAGAGAAGAUUCGGGAUUAUGAUGACGAGGUUGAGGAAGGUGACGAGGAUGCUCUGCCGGAAAAACGCCUUAGAACUUCUACCAGAUCGAAUCAGUUUGAUUACAGCGGUACCACGAUUGUCAGGGCUCGGAGGAAGAAGAAGGCAGUUGUUAGGGAUGCAACAACUGGCAAAUUUAUAUCGGAGAAACCUUUAGGUUCUGAAGGCGGCACAUUUCCGCUCAACCAGUCACUCAUUUCGGAUUACGACGAGACCGUCGAGAAUGACGACUCUUCGACCGUGAAGAUAGAAAAGGACAGCGAUAAUGAAGAAGGGAAAGAAUCUUCGCAAGAAAAAGAUGCUGAGGCUGCUGGCUCAGGUUCAGACGAUGAAAGCGAGGCAAUCGCGAAAGCACUUGGGCUUCGCAAAAUUAUGCCGAGAAAUGAUCCACCAAGCUCGCCAUCUUCAUCGCCAAAGCAAUUUCAACCCACCUCAAAUUUGACAGAACGAGAAGCUGUUAUCUACGUCCCAACACCCGUGACAAAAGAAACGGAGAUCACACUCUCUGCCACUGCCUCAAAGAUCGAACCGAAAAGUCCAGCUAAAGGGUCCUCGAAACGAAAGCGGAAGAAGGUUUCUGAAAAGGAACACACUUGUCCCGAAGGAUACGUUACUUGCAAGCUCUGCUAUGAUUUUUUCCCGUCAGAAAAGGACUUGAACGAGCAUGAACGGUCCAAACAUCCAGAUGUGUCUAGCUAUCAAUGUACCAUCUGCAAUUACUGCUCAUUGGAAAAAUCUUUAAUGACAAGACAUAUGAAAACGCACAGUGGACAGAGGCCAUUUAAUUGCUCCGUCUGUGGAUAUGCAUUCACGACAAAAGCCAAUUGCGAGCGUCACAUUAAAAAGCGCCACGAGCUGACGGAUAAGCUCGAAAUCGAAAAGCAUGUCCAAUACGACUUUUCCGUCCAAAAGGCAAACGAUUGCGAACAGUCUUGGAAACUAACUCAAAAGACGGUAUGCAUGCACUGUGACGCGAGAUUCGAUGAUUUCUGGUCGCUGCGAGAUCAUAUGAAGAUCCAUGACAAGCGAUCCUUCUAUUGCUCAACAUGCCAAGCUGCGUUUUCUUGCAGAAGCAAUUGCAUCGCCCAUAUUAUGCAAAAACAUAACGUCAUCGACCGAGAGGUAGCUGCUGAAAUGGUCGAUUUCGACGAGGAUUUGACCAAAGUUCCAAAAGGUGGAAGAGUGAGCUUCAGAGGAAAAACAGGACUCAAGAGAAAAACAACAAAGCGCCAGGAAAAAGGCGAGAGCGAAGAGGAGCAGGACGCAGAAGAAGAGCAGCCUGAGAAGCCCACAUUCAAGUUUCCUUACAAAUGUGAUAUUUGCAAAUGUGGCUUUCACGACUUCAAACUUGCUCAUGAUCACAUCAAGUAUCGCCACUGGAAGGAUUUCAAGGGCUUUCUCAGACAAAAUAUCCUUUUCAGCGAACAUGUCACGAAUGAAGAGUUCACUAAAAUUUAUGAUCGAGUGAAGAAUCAAAACUCUCUGGACAAGCACAUCGUUGGCCCGUCGCCUGUCUGGUGCCGAGCAGAAGUCAAGAGCUACAUCCGAAAAAAACGGCCAAAAGGCAAUCACGUGCACAUCCUCAAAGACUCCUCGCUCCACUCGAUUAUGCGCAACAUUCAAAAUCACAAAAACCGCACCAUGAGCAAGCUCCCCUAUCCAACACCAAAGACUACUUUUGAUCUCGCACAGCUUCAAAGCAAGAACUUGGCGAAUGUAGAAUUUGUAGAGCUCCACGAUAAGCCUGGGGAGCCACCAAAACAACUAGCAGUUGUGAAGAACAUUGUUCAACCAAAUUUAAUCACGACUCAGUCACAAGGAAAGGACUUUUAUUUUUACAAUACAGAUGUUUUUCUAAAGCAUCAAUAA